CCCAGCUGAACCCACGGAGCCCGACAGACACUGUGCUAAAAAGACCACCACCAUGGCGCCCACCUGCUUCAAGACUUUUGGUGCAUUCUUCCUGGUGAUGAUGGUACUGGCAGGGACAGAAGGAGCUAGAAUCCCAAGACUCAGUGACCACCCUGACAAGAUGUGUCCCAUGUCUAAAGACAUGGUCCCCCUACAGCUGGACCCCCAAGCAAUGAACUCGAUGCCUGCUGUGAGAGCCCUGCACAACUCCUCCAUCUCCCCCUGGACCUACAAUCACACCCAUGAUACUUCCCUGUUCCCAUCCCACCUGUCAGAGGCUCGCUGCCUCCUGAAGGGCUGUUUGAACUCAGAGGGCCAAGAGGACCUGAGCCUAGAGUCCAGACCCAUCGUACAUGAGAUCCUGCUCCUGAGGAGGGUGCGCUCCUCCAAAUCCCAAACCUACCACUACAAACUGGAGCCACGCCUCCUUGCUGUGGGCUGCACCUGUGUCCAACCCUUGGUCCAACACCAGCAGUGAGGACAUAGGGACAGAGUACAGAGCAGGGACAAACUCAAUCACUGUGUCCAUCAACAAUGUAAGAAUUUAUGUCAGUAUUGUGUUGUUUGAAGGUGCACUAUGUAAACUUAAUGGUGGAGAGACAGAGAUGUUAAUGCUUUGCCUGGAAUGUUCCAAAGUAUGGCAUCAAACUUGUCUCUCCAUGGAGACAAGCAGGUAAAAUUCCAUCCAGCCCAAAUACCAGAUUAGAUCUCUGGAGAGGUGCUCCCGCUCACAUUAAGAAUGCAUGUUUUGCAGUUGCAGUUGAUAACAUUCAAU